AUAUUUUUCAGCACAUAUCCAAAAUGUUAAUAGGUGAUGCAGAGUUUCAUUAGUCUCAAGUUUAAACAGUAAAUGUAUGUUUGUCACAGCAAAGCAUUCUCCAGAAAUAGCAAAAAAAUGUUGGCCCACGAAAACCUUGGCCUGUUAAUUCUUGAAUAAAACUUUAGGGAACACUGUGCUGUUUGCUCUCUUUGUACAAACAAACAUCACAAAACAUUUUCUAAGUUCUGUAUAAUCAUUCUGCUGUCACAAGAGGUCAGUGAGGAGAUCAGGGAGGCACAACAGAGCUCUUCAACUGGACCAAACUCACUAAAUCAUCAUCAGAACAAGCAUUUAGAUGUUUGUUUUGAGAUUAGAGUCAGCUACAACCUGCUCAUCAUGGAUGACGUCAUUAUUGGGGCAUUAUAAAUGAGGACAGUAUUUCAGUGUGUACGCAGGUCAGACCUGCAGUCGUCUGUGUGCUGCUUUUACAUGCAGCAUCUAACAGAGCUGCUGCUGAACAAUCUGUAAGAGAACAUCAGACUGGAGAGCUGAGUCUGACCUCCAGCACACAGGCUGUGGAGAUCAGUGAUGUCUUUUCUCAGGACCACUUUAAACGACUCUCUCAUCAUUCAUCCUCCAGGCUUCUAUAUCAUUGGAUUUCAGACAUUUCCCUUCAUCAGCGUCUACAUCAUCUUUCUAGCAUUUGUCUAUGUGGUGACUGUACUGUUCAACAGUUUCUUGAUCUAUAUAAUUGCUUUUAAUCCAUGUUUACACACUCCAAAGUUUCUGGCUGUUAUCAACCUCGCAGUGAUUGAUGUGAUCUUAAACACGAGCGUUAUUCCAGGCAUGAUUAAGACGUUCCUCUUGAAGGAUAACUUUGUUCCAUUCAACCUGUGUUUGGUUCAAAUGUGUGUCUACUACGCUGCUUUACCUCUGGAGUCAUAUGCACUGGCUAUACUCGCCUAUGACAGGUUGAUUGCAAUAUGUUUCCCUCUGCGUCACAACUCAUUCAACACAUUACGGAUCAUGAGCUGCAUGGUCAGUCUGUCUUGGGUUUAUGUUCUCUCAGUAGAUAUAUUUGCGGCAGGUAUAAUGACUCGACUGUCUUUUUGUGACUCUGUCAGGGUGUUCAGCUAUUUCUGCGACUAUGCGCCUGUGUUCAGACUGGCCUGUAAUGAUUUCACAAUGCAGUGGACUGUUGCUUCAACUGCUAGUAUUGUGCAUCUGAUGGGGCCUUUUACUUUUAUUCUUCUGUCCUAUUUCAGCAUCCUGGUGACUGUGUUCAGGAUGAAAUCAGUCAGCAAUGGAAUAAAGGCUCUCACUACUUGCAUUGAGCACCUCAUCCUUGUUGUUGUGUUUUACAUUCCCAUAUUCAGCAUAUUCUUAAUCGGGCUUUAUGGGGGCACCGUCGACCCGGACCAGCGUGUGCUGAGCCUGUCACUGGCCUCUUGCCUCCCACCCUGCAUCAACCCUAUCAUAUAUUCUUUUAAAACUAAAGAGAUCAAAACUCGAGCCCUGGCACUGGUCAGGAAAAAUAAAAUUGGCACAUAA